AUGGUUACUGCAGCUUGGGCCGCAUCAUUUUGUCUUGGAUGUGAUAGCGAAACAUUUGGAGCAGAUUACUGCUCUGAACGGUGUCACCUUAAAGAUAAAGAACGCGUUUCCAAGAUAAAACUUGCCGAUGAUCUUCAAGAGAGCCGUUUUGAGUCACAAUACCCAGUAUCCAGUGCAGUAGACUCACUCUCAACACUAUCUGCAACUCGACGGCGCAGUCACGAGUUGGGCUCAACUCAACUUAAUGGCUUAUGGGCAAACAACAGGUCGAACAACUCCCGAAAGAGUCUCUUUGAUAGUAAGAGUGAUGGCUGGGGCGAAAAAACUCGAUUGAACGCAACAUGUCCCCGGAGACAGAUAAGCCGGGUUGUUGGUUCAGAAGAAACGACUUCGGUGCCCAGCGAUGAAUCGUCAGAGGCGCCACGAACUCGACACAGAUUUAUUAACGUUCCCCGGCGUGCAACGUAUGAUAUGGGAUCGACGACCGAAUGGGAUAUAUGGCGGCCGCGGCGGACGUCUCUAGCUGUUGAGGCCGAAGAUAUUAUGGCACAGUUGCCUGGUUGGUACAGGGGGUCGGAGAGGCAGGUGUAUGAAGCAUGA